GGACCCCUACCGGUUUUCGCCAUUUGCCCCAUGUUACCCGAGAGACGUUUAAAAGUGGCAGAAACGCACCAACCGCCAUUUAAAGAAGAUGAAGAAGAUAGUCUUUUAAACAGGUGUAUUUGCGUUUGAAUUGCGUUAAUUUUGUGACCUAGCAACUGUGCCAUCUUUAAAAGCCAAUAUGGCUUGCUGUCGGUCAUUCAUUUGUAUUCGAGGGUUUCUUCUUGUGCGUCCUCGGUGGGAGAACUGUCUGUCUUUUUCAUCUAAAGAAACUAUAGCUGCAGUUCAGGGAACGCUCCAUCCACAGAAGAACCGUCAGAGGAAGAGACAUAAGAAGCCUAACUGGACAGGUGAUCUGUCCUGGGAGGAGAGGCUGGCCUCUGUGGUCACCCCCCUGUGGAGGCUCAGUUAUGAUGAGCAACUUGAAGUCAAGCAAAAACACCAGGUGAGGAUACUGGAGCGGCUUUGUGGUGGAGGGAAGAUCACGUUUCCUGUCCUGCCUAUCCUGCCUUCCCCCGUUAGGGACGGUUACCGCAACAAGUCAACAUUUUCCGUAAACAAAGGAGUGGACGGAAACCCGAAGACAGUUGGGUUUUACGUUGGCAAAGGCAAGGAUGGAAACAUUGUUUGUGUCAAUGGAGACCACCUGCCCAACAUACCGGAGAAGCACAAACAGGUGGCCAGAUGCUACCAGGAAUUCAUCCACCGCUCUUCCCUGGAGCCUUGCCUCCUCUUCCACGAGGGGGGGCACUGGAGAGAGGUCACGGUGAGGACCAACACAGCAGGCCACACCAUGGCUGUCGUCUAUUUCCACCCACAACAGCUCACCUGGGAGGAGUUGGCGGUUCACAAGUCGGACUUGACUGAGUUCUUUACACGGGGCGCGGGGUCGGCUUGUGAGCUGGACUCACUCUACUUCCAGGAGAGCGCCAUGACCCGCUGCUCGCAUGAAAACUCGCCCUACCAGCUCCUGUACGGCCAGACACACAUUCAUGAGCAGAUGCUGGGCUUCAGCUUCCGCAUCUCUCCCGACGCCUUCUUCCAGGUGAACCAGGCCGCCGCUCAGGUGCUAUACAGCGCGGUACGGGACUUGUGCGUCCCCAAUUCUGAGGACAGAACAGGGACUCUCCUCGAUGUGUGCUGCGGGACAGGCGCUAUGGGCAUUACGGCGUCCCCCAGAGUACAGCGACUUGUCGGCGUUGAGCUCAUAGAGCAGGCGGUGGAAGACGCGAGAUACAACGCGGCCCUCAAUAAGCUUGACAAGUGCGAGUUCAUCGCUGGAAAGGCAGAGGCCGUCCUCCCUGGCCUCGUGUCCCGAUUGGCCUCUGGGGACGGUCGUCUCACAGCCUUGGUGAACCCCUCCCGCGCCGGCCUCCAUCACAAAGUGAUCCAGGCCUUACGCAACAGGCCCGCUAUCCACCGUGUGGUCUAUGUGUCCUGUAAGCCAGACGGGGAGGCCUUGAGGAACUUCAGGGAGCUUUGUUGCGCUCCUGACCCAAAGAGGAAUCUCACAGGGGAUGCUUUUUCUCCGAGUCUGGCUGUGCCUGUGGACAUGUUCCCACAUACUGAACACUGUGAACUUGUGAUUCUCUUUGAGAGGUAACAAAUGGCAUAUUUCAUACUUUGGAAUCAGAACUACUGCCUUAGUGACAGCCCCAUGUCAUAUACCAAGUCAAUAGUAUUGGAACAACUGGCCGUGAAAACUAAAUUACGUUCAUUCACUACUGUGGAGCUAUAACAGCUUCCACUCUUUUGUAGUCCUUUAUGUGCCUCUGGUGUUAUUUUGUUUUACGUCAUGCUAUGCUGUCAGAUAGUAUUUCUCGUGAUGAUGGAUAAAAUGCUAAGUAAUAGUUGUUGUGCUAACAUAUAGCAAGAUAGCAGCAACUUUCAAAAGCACAUGGGGCAGAUCAUUGUGCCCUGUAGUUGUCCAGAAGAGCGGGGCACUAUGAGUGUGGUGGUCAUUACCCAACUGAUGCACCCUUAAGGUCAGGGCUUCCAGGUUCUUCUACACCAAACUCGUCCAAACGUGCCUUUAUGAAGCUUGCUUUCGGUUAUGCAGUUUCCACUGUGGAUCAUCAAGUUGCUGUACAACAUUUCUACACUAGAUGACGCCAUUAUAACACCUUUAGAGUCGUUUCUACCAAAGAGCCCCAAGCAAAUCCCCCGUCACCAUUUCAGUCCAGUCCAUUCCAGUUCAGUCAAGACAUAAUUUAUCUUUGUUUGUCUUUGACUCAAGUCCAGUCGUCGUUUUGUGUGUUUAUGUGUGUGUGUGUGUGUGUGUGUGCAUAUAUACACACACAUAUAUAGACAUUGCCAUAAAGCAACUAUCUUACUUCUAUAGUGAACUAAAAUGUUAUAUAAUAUAAUAACUUAGUAUAAAUAUACAUUAAUAUAAUUUGAAUAUAUUAACGUAAUAACUGUAUAUUGUUAACUCCAAACUUUGAGUUUUUAUUUUUCUAAAGCUAAUUCUAAAAAGCCCUGCGAUUGGCUGGCAACCAGUUCAGGGUGUACCCCGCCUCCUGCCCGAUGACAGCUGGGAUAGGCUCCAGCACGCCCGCGACCCUAGUGAGGAGAAGCGGCUCAGAAAAUGGAUGGAUAAUUCUAAAAACUAUAAUGUGGGAUUUUUCAGCUUUUUUUUGGGUCAUUGAUAAAUACU